AUGAACCAGGUGUUCGUCCCGAUCUCCUGCGUGUCGGGCGAGCUGGGGCAGCGCAUUCGCCCCUUCGUGGAGGGGCUCGGAGCUUCCGUCAUCCUCUUCUGCGAUGGCGGCUCGAAGGACAAGCUGGAUGCGCAGGAGGAUGCCCCCCCAACGCGGACCUCACCCAGUCGUGCUUGUGGUGGGGCUGGCAAGCGGCAGGAACCUUUCCCCGAGGGCCUGGGCACGAUCAGCGAGAUGCCCUCGGAGGAGCUCUCUGUCAAGAUGGAGGGGGAGGUGCCGUCGGCAACGGACAGGCACUACAACCGCUUGACAUUCGAGAGGGAGAAGAAGGCACGUCGGUUGUCCUCGGACCUCUCGUGGCAGCACAAGCAGGUGGUGGACUCGGACGUGCACCAGAUUCGGGAGGCCUUCAGUCUCGACCAAGACCUAGUGGAGACCUGGCCGACAAUGGUGGCAAGGCCGUUGGUGGCGCAGACCCUGGGCAGCCCCACGGAGAAGGACAGCUCGGAGGAGGACACUCAGAGCCGGGGCGUCGGCGCGUCGGAGGUCGACCCCACGAGGAUGCCCAAGCUGCUCCCUCGCCAACCGGUGGACUUCGUGAAUGGCAGUCCCAAGCCGGCGGACAACUCGGAAGUGGGCACCGGGAAGAAGGCGGUAUCCAAGCCGCGGCCCAGGAAGGCCCCGUGGCGACCGUCGGAAAAGGGGUUCACUGUGCUAGCGGCAGCGGGGUCCAGCAGGGAGGCCAAGAGGAGGGUCCCCUGGAGACUCAGCCAAGCAACCUUGGCGACGGUCUCCCAUUACGUCGCCAAAUGGGAGUGCAACUGCCUGGAGGUCAACUUCGGGUUCAGAAGCCGCUGCCGCAGGUGCAACGGGUGGGCGCCUGCCCACACCAUCCUGCAGCAGAAUAUCCAGAAGGAGGCACUGGACAAGUUCAAGAAGGUCAGCUUCUCGGCGGACAAGGUCAAGAUGGAGGGGCAGGAGGAGACCAAGGUGGAGUCGCUGGACGACAGCAUCGGCGUCGACAAGCUCGCAGACUGGUGGGCAGAAGGCAUCGGAUCUGAAGAGCCCCUGCCGUGCGGACCCGAGGUGAUCGACAUCUCCAGUGUCUGCGGCGAGAUAGGGGACGAGAUCGAGAGUAGCUCGGCCGUCAGCGUCGGCGGCUCGGUGGGCGCCCUCUCGGGCAAGGGCUCGGACAGCAAGGGCAAGCGCAACAGACGCAAGGACACUGACAUUGCAGCUUCUGGCAGUAACGGCAAGUGCAAGAGCAAGGGCAGUAUCAAGGGCAAGAGCAAUGACAAGCACAGCGGCUACUGGGUGGAAGGCGUCUACUACCCCUCGGGAGAAGACAUCCCGCUGGUAGUCCUCACGAGGCUCGGCGUGAAGAGGCUCGGCAGCGAGGACGCUCUCGCGCAGGCCCUCGGUGGCUGA